AUGGAGCUCGGCUCGAUGAUGGAGGGGACGCACUACGAGCCCCCGGAGGUGGACCACUCGUGCUGGGGCCGUCUGCGACGAAUCUUUGCUUCACCGGAGUACGAGCUUGCUGUCACGCUUCUCAUUUUCGUGAAUGCAUUGGUGAUUGGUCUUCAGUUCCAGUAUGAAGGUUUUCAGCUUGCCCACUUGAUCAGCUUUCCCGGCUACAGCGCUGCAGCGGAUGAGCUCUGGCCUGGAAUCUCAACUGUCUUCGACGUGCUGCAGGUGACCUUCACGUCCCUCUUUUUGGCCGAUGUGCUGAUCAGAGGAUGUCUUUUCUGGAAGACUUUCUUCUGCGAUUGGUUCAACUGGCUGGACCUUGUCGUGGUCCUGUCGAGUGUUUUUGACCUUAUCACGUCCGGGAUGUUCAACACGAGUGUCCUUCGGUUGCUGCGCCUCACGAAGCUGACUCGGAGCAUCCGAAUUUUAAAGGUGUCGAGCGUGCUUGACUCGCUGAACAUGAUCAUGAAGUGCCUCCGUGCCAGUGUGGGUACUUUAUUCUGGUCCUUGUGCGUCCUCUUGGUCAUCCAGUGCAUUGGUGCCAUCGUCAUCAUGUACACAGUGCAAACAUACAUUCGCAGUCCCAACGACCUCACGCAGGAAAACAGGUUGUUGGUUUUCGCUUACUUUGGCACCUUCUCGCGCUCCAUGCUGACCAUGUUUGAGGUUCUCUUCGCUAACUGGAUAACACCUUGUCGCAUACUGGUGGAGCAUUUGAGCGAGUAUUUCUCCGCCGUCUUUAUCUUGUACCGGUGUUUGGUUGGCUUUGCCGUCUUGAACGUCAUUCAGGCCGUGUUCAUCCAGCGCACCAUGCAGGUGGCCCAGGAUGACAAGGAACUGCAGCUCAAGCAGAAACAGUAUGCCGCCAAGACCUUCGAGCGAAAGCUGCGCUACAUCUUCGAGGAGCUCGACACUUCUGGAGAUGGCAUCGUGACUUGGGAGGAGUUCGAUGACCAGCUCAAGGAUCCUCGCACUGGCGCACUGCUUUCCAUGAUCGAGAUCCUCGGACUUUCUCCUGUCGCUUGGGGACCGGGGCGAUGA